AUGUAUGAGUGUAGUGAAUGCGGGAUUUCCUUCCAUCUAAGAGCUCACCUCACUAUACACCUCAGAGUUCACACUGGAAAGAAGCCAUAUGAGUGUACUGAAUGUGGGAAGCCCUUCAGUGAAAGAAGUACAUUCAUUAAACAUCUGAAAGUCCACACUGGAGAGAAGCCAUAUGAGUGCACUGAAUGUGGGAAGCCUUUUAGCCAAAAAUCUAACCUCAUUAAACAUCUGAAAGUGCACACUGGAGAGAAGCCAUAUGAGUGUAGUGAAUGUGGCAAGUCCUUCAGUGCAAGAAAUACACUCAUUAAUCACCAGAGAGUUCACACUGGAGAGAAGCCAUAUGAGUGUACUGAAUGUGGGAAGUCCUUCAAUCAAAGAGUUACAUUAAUUAAACACCGGAGAGGUCACAGUGGAGAAAAGCCAUAUGAGCGUACUGAAUGUGGGAAAUCUUUUACCCAAAAAUCUAACCUUAUUAUGCAUCACAAGGUACACACUGGAGAGAAGCCAUAUGACUGUAGUGAAUGUGGGAAGUCUUUUAGCCAAAAAUCUCACCUUAUUAAACACCAGAGUGUACACACUGGAGAGAAGCCAUAUGAGUGUAGUGAAUGUGGGAAGCCCUUCGGUGAAAGAAGUACAUUAGUUAUACACCAGAGAGUUCACACUGGAGAGAAGCCAUAUGACUGUAGUGAAUGUGGGAAGUCUUUUAGCCAAAAAUCUCACCUUAUUAAACACCAGAGAGUACACACUGGCGAAAAGCCAUACGAGUGUAGUGAAUGUGGGAAGCCCUUCGGUGAAAGAAGUACAUUAGUUAUACACCAGAGAGUUCACACUGCAGAGAAGCCAUAUGAGUGCACUGAAUGUGGGAAGCCUUUUAGCCAAAAAUCUAACCUCAUUAAACAUCUGAAAGUCCACACUGGAAAGAAGCCAUAUGACUGUAGUGAAUUUGGCAAGUCCUUCAGUGCAAGAAAUACACUCAUUAAUCACCAGAGACUUCACACUGGAGAGAAGCCAUAUGAGUGCACUGAAUGUGGGAAGCCUUUUAGCCAAAAAUCUCACCUUAUUAAACACCAGAGAGUACACACUGGAGAGAAGCCAUAUGAGUGUAGUGAAUGAGGGAAGUCCUUCAGUGCAAGAAGUACACUAAUUAAUCACCGGAGAGUUCACACUGGAGAGAAGCCAUAUGAGUGUACUGAAUGCGGGAAGUCCUUCAGUGCAAGAGGUACACAUUCAUCACCAGAAAGAUCACAGUGGAGAGAAGCCAUAUGAGUGUAGUGAAUGUGGGACGUCCUUCAGUGAAAGAAGUACAUUAAUUGAACACCAGAGAGGUCACACUGGAGAGAAGCCAGAUGAGUGUACUGAAUGUGGUAAUUCUUUUAGUUAAAAAUCUAACCUUAUUAAACAUCUCAAAGUCCACACUGGAGAAAAGCCAUAUGAGUGUAGUGAAUGUGAAAAGUCCUUCAGUGCAAGAAGUACACUCAUUAAUCACCAGAGAAGUCACACUGGAGAGAAGCCAUAUGAGUGUACUGAAUGUGGGAAGUCUUUUCGCCAAAAAUCUAGUCUUGCUAAACAUCUGAGAGUUCACAUUGGAGAGAAGUGUUAAAUGUGCAGGGAAUGUUUUAUUUUAUUCACUUAGAGUAACAACACUGAA